UUUGUACACAAAGCAGUGGCUAGUUUUUAGCGAAGGUUUUCAAGUUUUAAAGAUCCGCAAUCGCGAUGUCCGACGAGUAUCAGCACGUGAACAAAAGCAAACUGAAACUGCGCGUCGAAUCCGACAUUAAGAAGAAGCACAGUAAAAAAAGUAAAAAGAAAAGCAAGGACAAAACCAAGAUGCAGGUCGUGCUGGACGAGGCCCGCAAAUCGGAAGAAGUGCCUCGCCAGACAUCGAACCCACCGUACGGGAGGGUCCUAACGAAAGCGGAGGAAUCUUUCAAGAAAAUGCAAGAGAAAAAAGAACACACGCGGAUUGUAGAGAAAGCCCAAAUGACUCACAAGCAACGGGUAGAGCAAUUUAACCAGCACCUGGACAGCCUCACGGAGCAUUUCGAUAUACCGAAAGUGUCGUGGACCAAAUAAAUUGUCGCCAAACGCUGUUUAUAUUUCAUCCGCUUAUUAGUUGUAAAAUCUUAUCAUAUACUAAUAAAUCAAUAUUGACC